AGGAGGUAUUGCUUUGCCACGUCGGUCGCUCUGUGGAAGCGACAGGUCUGGAGUGGGAGAAAUUGUGAUAAGUUUUUUUUGUUUGCUUGGAAGUAUUGAAAUAAGGAGAAAGAAAAACUUUUUUCAGGUCCCUGAGUGCAUGAAUAAGCAUAGCAUUCCGGUGUACUUCUGUCAUAAAACACAAACCAAAAUCACAGAAAUAAAUGUUCCGUUUUGGACCUGUAUAGUUGCAACCCACGAUCAGUUUCACCACAACUGAUGUAUCAGCGUCAACUCCAUCCACUGCUCAUUAAUGUUGGUCGGGCAGCGCCGGACUCAGCUGUGAGAGCGCGGGGGGGAGCAGCCCGGAGCCUCGGGGGUCGGUGGGGUGCCUCGCCAUGCCUGGGGGACGGAGGGGCCCGAGCCGACAGCAGCUGAGCAGGUCAGCCCUGCCAUCCCUGCAGACCCUGGUGGGAGGCGGCUGCAGUAACGGCACAGGCCUCAGAAACAGGAGCAGCAACUCCGUGGGCCUGUCCGCGCCUCCCAUCACGGCUCUCAUCACCCCGGAGCCGGUGCGCCACUCCCGCAUCCCAGAGCUCCCUCUGGACGGCAGCCUGCUCUUCGAGUUCCUGCUCUUCACGUACCUGCUGGUGGCGCUCUUCGUGCAGUAUAUCAACAUUUACAAGACUGUCUGGUGGUACCCGUACAGCCACCCCGCAGCCUCUACCUCACUGAACUUCCAUCUAAUUGAUUAUCACCUGGCCACAUUCAUCACUGUCAUGCUGGCGCGGAGAUUAGUGUGGACAAUCAUUUCAGAGGCCUCUCAGACUGGGCCCACCUCUGUGGUAAGGUACACAGUGCUGAUCGCAGCCCGCUUGACUCUGCUCACAUUGUGCGGAUGGGUGCUGUGCUGGACUCUUGUGAGCCUCUUCAAAAAUCACUCGGUGCUCAACCUUCUGUUUCUAGGGUACCCGUUUGGGGUGUAUGUGCCGCUGUGCUGUUUCCACCAGGAGAGUCGAACCCAGACUCUUCCGGCAGACUGCGGCUACCUGGAGCAGGAGCAGAUGGACGGGCCGCUCCUCAGACCAAAGGACUUCUUGACUCUGCUGCGGGAGAACUUGAGGGAACAGUUCAACAGCCCCACCUCCAUUCCUGCACACACCUGCCCCCUGUCCCCCGACCUCAUCCGCAAUGAGGUGGAGUGCCUGAAAGCCGACUUCAACAGGAGGAUCAAGGAAGUCCUCUUCAACUCCCUCUUCAGUGCCUACUAUGUAGCCUUCCUGCCACUUUGUUUUGUAAAAAGCACGCAGUACUACGACAUGCAGUGGUCCUGCGAGCACCUCAUCAUGGUGUGGAUCAACGCCUUCGUCAUGCUGAUGAGCCAGCUGCUGCCGCCGAAGUACUGCGACCUCCUGCACAGGUCCGCCGCCCACCUGGGCAAGUGGCAGAAGCUGGAGCACGGCUCGUACAGCAACGCGCCCCAGCACGUAUGGUCAGAAAACACAAUAUGGCCCCAGGGUGUGUUGGUCCGACAUAACCGGUGCCUAUACAAAGCUGUAGGGCCGUGUAACGUGGCAGUGCCUUCAGAUGUAUCCCAUGCCAGAUUUUAUUUCCUAUUUCACAAGCCGUUACGGAUUCUGAACCUUCUGAUCCUGAUUGAAGGCAGCGUGGUGCUGUACCAGCUCUACUCACUGCUCAGAUCUGAAAAAUGGAACCACACGCUCUCCUUGGCUUUAAUUCUUUUUUGUAAUUAUUAUGUUUUAUUUAAACUGCUUAGGGACAGGAUUGUACUGGGGAAAGCUUACUCCUAUCCUCUGCACAGCUUCGGAAUCAAGUCUCAUUGAACAGGCUGAGGGUGGGGGAUGGGCGGGAUUGGGGGAUAAACUGAUGUUGAACUCAGAAAUAUUAUUUUGAUACGGUUCUAUUUUUCAUGCAAUGUUUGUAUCUAUUUAAAAAAAAUAUUUUAUAUUUUGUAUACCGUUUCAAGACUUCUGUUUCUUUGCAUAUGCAAGAUGUUGUGUUGUGCACGUGUUAUGUAUGCCAUCUCAGAACAUCUGCUUUGCUCCACCUUUUGAACAACGACCAAUUAAUUACCGGAGUGCCAAGAUUGUCACAGCCAAAUGCCAUACUGCAGCAUUGAUUAUGGAAAAGAAUAAAGACAAAUUUGUCUCUUA